AUGAUGAAUGUUGUUGUUGUUGUGAUCCUUAGUUUUUUCACAUUUUCAAUCUCUGUUAUAUUUUCAUUGAAUUCAGAUGGUGUUUCUCUGUUAGCUUUGAAAUCUGCAAUUUCUAAUGACCCAUCUGAGUUUCUUUCUUCUUGGUCGGAGUUAGACUCAUCAGCAUGCCAUUGGAAUGGAAUCACAUGCGAUGAAAAUCAGAAGGUGACUUCUAUUUCUCUGUCGUCGAAGAAUUUGAGUGGUUACAUUCCUUCUGAAAUCGGAGCACUUUCUUCUCUAUCAAUUCUUUCUCUUUCCUACAACAACUUUUCAAAACCAAUCCCUAUUCAUCUCUUCAAUGCUACUUCCCUUCACUCCCUUGACCUCUCUAACAAUGCUUUCACAGGAUUCUUACCUCAACAAAUCACAUCCCUUAUAAACCUUAAACACCUUGAUCUUUCUGCUAAUUUUCUCAAUGGCUCACUUCCCCAAGAGCUAACUCAUCUUACACUUCUCACUGGAACUUUAAAUCUUUCAUACAACAGAUUUACCGGCCAACUUCCGGCGAGUUAUGGUACGUUUCCUGUAACAUUGAGUUUAGACCUUCGGCAUAACAAUCUGACCGGAAAGAUACCUUCAAUCGGGUCGUUGUUGAAUCAAGGGCCUACUGCAUUUUCCGGUAACCCUUUUCUUUGUGGGUUUCCAUUGGAGACUCCGUGUGCAGAACCAGAAGCCCAAAAACCACCACCGAACCCGAACCCUAAUGAGGAGGAGGUGGGGUUUGUAGGAAAAGGGAAAUCGGGAAAUGGGUCAGUGGUGGUUUCUUUGAUCUCCGGCGUAUCGGUUGUGAUUGGGGUGAUGUUUGUUUCAGUGUUGGUGUUGAGGAGAAAAUGGAAGUUGGAUGAGGGAAAAAUGGGAAAAGAAAAGUUGGAGAAGCCAGAGGAGAGGCAAAAGGGUAAAUAUGUAGUGUUAGACGAGGGGUUUGGGAUGGAACUAGAAGAUUUGUUAAGGGCUUCAGCUUAUGUAGUAGGGAAGAGUAGGAGUGGGAUAGUUUACAAGGUGGUGGCUGGCGCUACGGUUGUUGCUGUUCGACGAUUAAGCGAGGGGGAUGUCACGUGGAAGUUCAAGGAGUUUGAGACGGAGGUGGAAGCCAUUGGGAGAGUACAACAUCCAAAUGUGGUGAGGCUUAGGGCUUAUUACUAUGCAAGUGAUGAGAAAUUGCUGGUAACUGAUUUCAUCCGCAAUGGCACCUUGCACAAUGCUUUACAUGGAGGACUUGGUAAUAACUUGCCACCUCUGUCAUGGGCAGCUAGACUGAAGAUCGCUCAAGGCACAGCUCGGGGUCUAAUGCACAUUCAUGAGUGUAAUCCCAGGAAGUAUGUUCAUGGGAACAUAAAUUCAACAAAAAUCCUUCUUGAUGAUGACUUGCAAGCCUACAUAUCUGGUUUUGGAUUGACUCGCCUUGUUUCAGGUUGCUCCAAGCCCAUAAACAGUAGUACCAAAAAGCUAAGUACAAGUCAAAUCAUAAUAAGUCCUCAAAACUCAACUUCGUCUUGUACUAUGUACAUGGCACCUGAGGGUCGAGUGCCUGGCUCCAAGUUCACCCAGAAAAGCGACAUCUACUCAUUUGGUAUGGUACUUUUGGAGAUUCUGACUGGUCAGUUGACAGAUGGAGGAUCGGAGGUGGAGGAUGAUGGGAAGGGGCUUGAGAGUCUUGUUAGAAAGGUUUUUAGACAAGAACGACCCUUGUCUGAGAUCAUAGACCCUGCUCUCUUGAAUGAGGUUCAUGCUAAAAAGCAAGUUGUUGCAGCAUUUCAUAUCGCUCUCAACUGCACAGAACUGGAUCCUGAGCUUCGGCCAAGGAUGAGAACAGUUUCUGAUAACCUUGAUCGCAUCAAACUGCAGUAAAAGAAGCUUGAUCAAUGUAAAGGCUUUCAAUGUUUUGCUGACCGCCUAAUGUAGAGCUGUUUAGUAAUUGUGAAUCAGAA